ACAUUGUACAUAAUAUAAUAUUUUUACAACAGUAUUCAUAUUCUCUGAGUUUCCUACAGUAAUAAUUCUACUACAAGGUGCAAGUAAUCCGUACUGCCAGUGGACCGACUGUAACUCCUAUUGUGUUUAGUUUGACGGAAAUAUUAAACAAACGAUGAAGCUGCUUCAGCUUCUAGCCCUCUGCAUACAGUUCAAUGCAGUGCCAUGUACGUUGGCACUUAAUCCAAUAUCACCAUGCCCGAGAACAUUCCAAUACAUCAAGGAUCUUAAAUUUCAUAACGUUUAUGGUGUCCUAACCGUUGAUGGUUAUCGAUCCGGAUUCAAUAAUACUUUGGAAGUAAUCCUUUCAAAACCAUCGAUCAUGCACUCAACAGGAUCAUUGGAGCUGUUGAACAUACACGACCUUCCACGUAGACCGGCUAAAUUGCGAGUAUUAUUGUCUCAUCCUCUACCCUUGUUGGUGUCCAUCAAAUUGAACGGAAUGAUUAUAUGUAGCGGACCACCAGCACAAGGUCAAAGGAUUACUACCAUCAAGUUGAAUCAUUACACCAAUUUGCAAGCGAUGUCAGUGGUGAACGAAUUCAAUGACAACGACAAUUUCGAUAGUGUGGAGAAAUAUGAACUUUUAAGUACUGCGGCACCUUCAUGGAAUAAUGUGAAAUUCGGUAACGCAGGGCAGGAAUCACUUGAAUAUAAACAGAUCUGUGGUCAACCGGUUAACCGCGCCGUUCCGUUGAUGUUCAAAGGGACGAAAACACAUCGAGACGAGUGGCCCUGGUUGUGUGCUUUAUAUUAUAAAAACAAAGACCUUGGCUCGCUGCAAUUUCGCUGCGGGGCGACAUUGAUAUCAAACAAAGUUUUGCUAACAGCUGCACAUUGUUUGUUGACGGAGAACGGCAAUACCCGACUGCAAGCGAGCGAUAUAUUGGUAUCGCUGGGGCGUUACAAUAUCAUGGAUUGGACAGAGAUAGGCGCGAAAACAAUCAACCCCCGUGCCUUAGUGGUGCAUUCGGCCUUCCGAAACGAUGGUUUUGAUUACGAUAUUGGAGCAAUAAUACUUCCAAACGAAAUCAACUAUUCAAACUCGAUUAGACCAAUAUGUAUGUGGACAGGAUCAAAUGAUCAAUCUAACAUUGUCGGUCAGCAAGGAGUAGUUGUUGGCUGGGGCUUCUCAGAAUCAGGGAUAAUUUCUGACGUUCCCAAAAGCGCCCAAGUGCCAAUUGCGUCAGAGGUGGAUUGCAUCCGUUCGGAUAUCGGAUUCCAGUUGACGACAUCUAAGCGAACAUUUUGUGCUGGAGGUCAGGGCGCAGGACCGUGCCAAGGUGAUUCGGGAAGCGGACUAUUCAUAAAACGUGAAGGCCGCUGGGUGCUGCGAGGAAUCGUCUCAUAUGCACUGACCGACCCGGAUACAGGUAAAUGCGAUACACGUAAAUAUACCGUCUACACGGAUGUAGCCAAGUAUCACGAAUGGAUGGAGGAGCAGAAUAUUCAGGUUUCAUGAUUCAGCAGGCGACACCCCCGCCUCGUUUUGAUACGACAAACGAUGAUGACAUGAGAAAAAUGUCAAUAAAAUCAGCUCUGAUAAUGAAACCAUGCCCGUGAUAUCGAAUUACGAAAAGCAAGGAUCGCAAAUUAUGAAGAAUGAGCGAAUUAAAAGCCUAACUGGCGCCAGAUUUAUAAAAAGGACAACGGAGAAUUUGAAUGCAUAACUAAUGUGUGAUUUUGAAUGAUGAUCAUUAAAUAAGAGAUAAAUAUUUGA